UUCUAGUCCAAGGUUCCAAAAUCCUUCCACAGUACUCCCCAAAACACAUGGCCAGGUCUCCCACAGCAAUAUCCCACUCAUGGAACCAACUUCUUAGGGUUGCUAUUGCUGUGGACUAUCGGGAACAACUUACAGUCAGGGGACAGCACCUGCAGCAUGUGAGCCUUUUGAACCACCAAACUGGAAGAGAUGUGUUCUCAUCUGGCUCUCCCCACUUUGAGUCCAGUCUUUUGUCAACCCCAUCCACUCCAAGGUGGUCCUAGUGAAGAACCAGCAACUUUUGUUCAAACUCUCAGUGCCCUCAUCUGGCUGCCCUGCUGUUCACUUCAAGCCAUUUGUCUAAGAAACUGGGGGGGAAGGGCUCUUCUGGCCCAGAUGAUAGAAGGAAGAAAGCCUAAAUCUAGGCUUAGGGAUUUGAGUGGCCUGCUGAGAAUUCAAGCUCCUUGCAUGCUUGCCAACUCUCUGGCAUCUCCUGACAGCACUGGCCACCUCCCCAGACCUCUCAACCCAUCUCAUUGCCUGGCUCCUCCUCUUUUUCUAGUCUCGCUCCUUAUCAAGCCUCCUCUUUUCUAGCCACAGCGCCAAACUCCCUCUGUGAUGGACUCAAGAGGCCACAAGAAGCCCUGCCAGCAUAAGAAAAACAAACUCAAGACCCAGGAGAGAUUGAUCAAGAAGUUUCCUUACAGGUUACCUCAUUUGACGGAGCCUAUCCCAGCAUUCACACAAUCUUGGAAGGCCAAGAGCAACUCACUGAAGGACAAGCUGCCCUUACAGAAGAAUCUGGUGCCAACACGGUCCAUCCCCAUCCCAGGGCUCGGCGCUCCACGAGUCACAAGGCAGCCCAGCUUCAACUCGCCAUCCCCACAUCCCCCACUGUGUAACCUCUGGGAACUUAAAUUACUGGAGCUCCGUUUCCCCACGCAAGAUCUUCCAAAGCUGCCUCCUCUGCAGGCCGCUGCUGACCAGCCACCCUCCAGUGGGACUUCCAAGCCAUCUGAGAGCCUCCCCUAGAACACCUGCUUUUCAAGGCUCCUUUCUUAGCCUCAUUCUCUCUGCUCCAGACAGAUGCCUCAGAGACGUUUGUAAAGGGAGCAGCCUUGCAGGCCACCAAAAAACCAGGAGUGGUCCAUCCCCCACAUGCAAAGACCAUGCAGCACCAAUAAACUUUGCAGGUUCAAAUCCCA